AUGUCAGGAUCAGCCCCGGAGGAGCCUCAGACCUCCGUCCCUCAGAGCACACCUAGUGUUGUUCCUGAUCCCGCUCCGGUUGCUGUCGGACCUGGAGGCUCAAGUGCCGUUUCCUUUGGUGAGCAAAAUCUUAGCUUCACCGCCCCAGACGUCAGCCUGGUGGAGCUGAUGGAAAUUGAGUACACCCAGCUGCAGCACAUGCUUUACUCACACGCCGAGGCACAAGCUGGCGAAGGUGAAGCGCAAGCCAGGCUCAGUGCUUUCUCCCUGCCCGGUGACUGUGCAGCCCCCCCCCUGCAGCAGACCUCCCCGCACACCACGCAGGACGGGUGUUUCCCAAACCGCCCUGGGAACCCGCCGGUGUACCCGGUUAGCUGCCAGGCAGGGCUGCCUUCUGACAGCAGUUUGCCGAGUGCUAACCCACGGCUGGGCUAUGCUGACCUUCAGGAGCUCAGAAUGAUGUUACUUAGUGAGUCUAACCUCCCUUCGAGCCGAGCAGAUAAAAUGCCAAACAGUAGCUCUGUAGAAGUCCCGGGACAGAGUUUAGUAAAAGUUAAACAUGGUGAAAAUCUUGUUGGGAGCAAUAAAGGAAACAUACUUGUUGAAAAUUUGGCACCAGAGCCUAGGUCUAAAUCUGCAGUCAGAGUUCGGUUGGAAGACAGAUUCAACAGCAUCCAGACAGAAAACCCCAGAUGUCAAGAACCCCAAGAAUCUGGAGUAACCCUUAACAAUUUAGUAACAUUGAUUCGGCAGCCGUCCGAACUGAUCGGUGUUCCUCUCCAUCAGCAAGAAAACAAGUGUGCUGCACUAGGGAGAAGUAAGACAUCUCCUGCCUGUCCUUCCUCACAGUUCCCAUACCCGGUACUGACUAUGAAUGCAUGUUCUACUGCUGGAGGUGCCAACCCUUCACAAGCACAGACCUCUGGAACGUCCUGUGCUAUUUUGGAAGCUGCCAAACAUCAAGAUCUUGGGAUAUCCAAGACGUUCUCUUUCUGCUAUCAGGAAAUCGACUCCACGAAACAGGCAGCAGGUGCUAUGAAUAAAGCCUUGCCUGAGGAAGUUUGGAUUAAAGUUGGAGAAGACAGCUUGUGCAAGCAAGCCAUAAACAGAAGAAGCUGCAGCAAAAUAAGCCCUCUGGAUCCUAAUGUAGAUCGCAAGCCUCUGAGUGAAAUUCAGAACACCCGAGAUGGCAGCCAGAGUGCCACAGCUGCCCAGGGCCCCUGGCAGGCACCACAGUCCAGUUCAAGUCUGCAGAUGCAAAGUGGUAUUCCCGAUGGAAUCGCUCAGCGAAGAGAAAGGCAUAACCGUAUGGAGAGAGACAGGAGGCGCAGGAUCCGGGUUUGCUGUGAUGAGCUGAAUCUUCUGGUUCCAUUCUGUACUGUUGAUACUGACAAGGCAACAACUUUACAGUGGACAACUGCAUUUCUGAAGUACAUUCAGGAAAGGCACGGGGAUUCUCUGAAACAGGAAUUUGAGACUGUGUUCUGUGGUAAAACAGGCAGGAGACUAAAAAUCCCAAGGUCAGACUCAUUUGUAACGUGUCCAGCGCAGGAAAAUACGUAUGGCUACGGAGACCAAGUAGCCUGA